AUGCCCAGGAAGAAUACCAACAGAGGCAAUAGCCAGAUGAACAUGCAGGAGGCGUUGCGAUUGGCGCGACGACGAGAAGAGCAGGAAACGCUGCUGGCGGAUCAUGAAGAGGCCGACGAUGAUGGCUGCUAUCCACCGCGAAAGAAUGAUGAUCCGACCGUGCCCAACCCCCACAGCUCGUUGCCCGUGUACACCACGAUCCAUAAGAUCAGACGCUUGAUGAUUGCGAGCAUUGACGAUCCAUACAGCAGCGAGCAGCUCAAAAGUCCUAGAAUGAACGUGUCAGUCGUGCGGCCACUGGUGGACCAUCUCUACGACCCGGACGAUGUCUCGACGGUAUUCUGUCUUCUCGUCAACCGCGUCCAAUUUCUACGCGAGCAGUCGUACCAGGCGCAUCAUAACACGGUCAACAUCACUCGAGCACAUUUGUGUGAACUGGUAGCGGCACGAAUCCUGCGGCGAUAUGAUGAAGACCAUGAAGGCCGCAUGGGACUACUCACGCUCGCCAAUGUCCUCGUUGCCGGUUUCGAGCCCUUUCAGAAUGCUCCUCGUGAUAUCACGCGAGAACAUCGCACGGAACUGCAUUGGACCAUUCGCUGGAAUCUUGCUAGGCCUGAGUACCAGCGCAUGCUGACUGCACUCGAAGUUGCUAUUGUCUCCGAAGCAAAAAGCUUCUUGGCUGCUUCGGCGUGUCAGAAGAUUGUUGAGAAUGUCUAUCGCGGACGGAUCAUCUACACGCCUACGUCCUUUAUCGACAUCUUACCUGAUCACUACAAGAAUCGUGGCAUCACGCUGUACGAUCCGCGGAGGGCGCCUAUUCUCAAUCAGUACCGUCUCAUUGUGCCUCGGACCAGGAACAUCAUCGAAGUGGUGCAGUUCGUCAUCCUUCUGGUACUGUACAUCCUGACCAUGGUCAACAAGUCCCGCUCGAAAGGGUCGCUCCAUACACAGUUCACGACACUCGAACUGGUGUUUGUCAUCUAUGCUAUGGGCUGGAACCUGGACGAGAUCGCCUCCGUUUCCGAACACGGCUGGACAGUGCACACCGAGAAUCUCUGGUCUUUCCUCGACAUCACCUUUGUCCUCAUCUUCAGCGUAUAUUUCUGCACGCGGAUGCAUGGGCUAGUCCUUCACGACCCUUCCACGGGCUGGCUCGCAGAAUGUAUCCUCGCCAUGGCGGCACCCGUUCUCCUUCCGCGAUUAGCAUUCUGCAUGAUGCCUGAAAACAUGCUCUUCAUUUCCCUACGAGCCAUGAUGGCGGACUUCACCUUCCUCACCGUGGUCGCCUGUUGGUGCUUCGGUGGUUUCAUUCUCGCCAUGUGGUGGCUUUCCGAAGCUCAAGACGGAUUUCUCUCACAUACCGUGGUCACGAUCUCCAAAUGGAUGCUGUGGAUCUGGUUCGGGCUCGAUGGAACGGGGAUCCAACGCAGUGUGGAAAUGCACUGGUUUCUGGGCCCCCUGUUGAUGAUCACUUUCGCAUUCCUCGGAAACACACUCUUCAUGACAAUUCUAGUCGCGAUGCUCUCCAACACAUAUGGCGCGUUAUCCCAGAAUGCAACAUCGGAAAUUCAAUUUCGACGCGCGGUUCUCACCUUUGAAGGCGUCAAAUCGGAUUCUCUGUUCGCGUACCGACCACCGACCAACCUCCUCGCAUUCUUGAUCUUGCUCCCUCUCAAGUUCGUCCUGACACCCCGCUGGUUCCACAAAGUCAACAUCACCGCCGUCCGAGUCCUCAACGCGCCCAUCCUCCUGCUGAUAUCCUGGUACGAACGCCGCUACUUGUGGAAGCGCGACCGGUUCCUCUCCCCACCUCGGAAACAUACCUGGCUCAGCAUGUGGGAGAGUUUCGGAGCGCACGGCGAUCUCCACGCCGUGUUCAAUGCAGAGCCUCCGCAGGAAAUUCUCGAUGAAAUGGAAGAUGUGGAUGACGUGCUGGCGAAUGAAUUGUAUGACGGUCUGGAUUACCUGAGCGCGUUGCGAGCCCGGCGAGGAAGUCGAAGUGGUUUUAGUGAUGCGAGUGGCGUGUUCGGGAUGUCGAGAUCCCGGAGUAGGAUGAAUGGAUUUCGCAGACGGGGAACGUAUCGAAACAGCAUGGGAGUCAGUGGGGAUGAUGGGGUGGGUAGAAUCGAAGGUAGUCGGGGUGGUGGAGCUGGAAUUCCUAUACCUGAUGCUGAUGAUGCGGCUCCGAGAGCCGAUGGAGACGCUGUAUAG